GUCUUGACCUCGUUUGCUGGUCAACUAACACGCUUUAAAUUCAGUCUCUUUGAACUUAGAAGGCAAUAAUAAUUUCCCACAUCCCGUAGUAGUUGUUGACUGUGUAGCAAGGUUUUAAUUUGCAUUAGUCGGUUUCGAAAUUUAAGAAUAUACCUUAUUGUUUGUUGAAGCCAAAAUUUUAAUUUCAGUCUACUUUAUCUGGUAAUUUCCUUUCACUUUCACUCUUGUCUAUUGCCACACUGCCGAUAAUGAUGUAGGGUUAGAGAAAAUAAUGGAGGCAAACAAGUUAUUAAUUAAUUUCAUAUUCUUCUUUUUUUCUAGUCACUACUUUUCUGUGAGCAUCUUUUCUUGUCCCAAUAAUAUAGAGUAAGGUUCGUACUCCCUUAGUCUUCUCCAUAUAAGGAAAUUAAAUAGAGAGAGACUAAAUUGUAGUGUUGAUGAGGAUGGAAGGAGAAAGAAGGAAGCGGAAAUUGGAGAGUAGUGAAGAAGAAGAAAAAGAAGAAAAUGAGGAGCAGAAGAUGGAGACGUUCUUCGCCUUGGUGAAAAGCACGAAGGAGGCGCGUGAUCUCCUCUUCAAUAAGGACAAAACGGAUAACAAGGUUGAUGAGGAUGAAGAAGCACUCAAGAAGGGAAAAGCUACUUGGAUUCCAAUGUUUCAGCCAGAAGAUUUCAUUGAUUAUGGAGAAUUGGGAAGACAUGCAUCAGGUGCAGGUCCUUCGGAGAAAGAGAAGGAGGAGGUGGUGGUGAUGGAGAAACAACAUUUGCAAGAAGCGGCGGCGGCGACGCUGGAGGCACCUAUUCCAGAAAUAAAUGAACAGAAGGAAAAAACAAGUGAUCUUCUAGACUUAAAUCUUUCUUUGUGAUAAAUGCCAUAUAUGUAUGUGAAUGUAUGUAUGUGAUUUGCUGACCUAAUUGUAUCUUUAUUGUGUUAUUAAUUAUAUUAUUGAUCAAUUAGUGUUCAUUGUUACUUCAUGAUUAACCAUGGAAUUGUUUAUACAACGGAAGAGAGUCAUCAUGUUUAGACAGUUUAGUAUACUGUGGUGAUUUUUCGUGCUCAAUUCUUAAUAAUAAUCUGCCUUCUGGCUUUGUA